AUGCCUCUGCCUCGGCCGCCUCCUCAGCAGGCUGCCCCAGGCGAGAAGCCAGUGCUCAAGCCUACAACACCACAAGUUUCCGAAGACAAGUUCUCGGCACUGCGUACAUACCGGCGAGGUCGUGGCUUAUGUGAUAUGUGUGCCGAGAAGUGGUUUCGAGGGCAUAAGUGUGCUGCAACUAUUCCAUUGCAUGCUAUGCAGGAAAUUUGGGAUCUAUUUCAACUGGAAGCAGUUUCAGAACCAGAGCAGGAGUUCCCUCAAGCCCCACCAGAACAGUUGAUCUUGGCUCUAUCACAUGAUGCUCAUCGCGGUGCUCAAGGACAUCGUACCAUACAGUUCCAAGGAACUAUUCAGGGCUAUCCAGUGGCCAUGUCGGUGGAUUCGGGAAGCUCUACAUCGUUCAUAGCCGCUUCAGUUGCUGAUUAG